UAUAAAACCAACCAACUAAUUUUAAUGGGUAACCGAAUCAAAUCGAAACCAUGACCCAUUUCACACCAUUUGCCAUAAUCCGAACCAAAACAAAUUUUCAACCAACUCAUAAGCCUCUUUUCCUCUCUCAAAGUGGAAUAGAACAUAGUUUCAAGCUUUCAUUUUCACUGUAACAUUACAAUGUAUCUGAAAGAUGGGUGUUCCUUAAUAUUAAAACUACGCAAAUCUUCAAUCCCAUUUGUUCUAAACACAAAUCCAAUUUCAAAUCUCGACAAACCCAACAACCUUAAUCCCUCUCCCACCAUUCCAGAAUCCCACGUAAUCAAUGUCUUGAAACAUGAAUCUGACAUUGCAUCAUCACUUGAAUACUUCACAUCUUUGUCCAAUUCCGGAACUUUCAAACACACCCAUUUAACAUACCAAACCAUGAUUGAAAAGCUUGGAAGAAACUGUGAAAUGGAUGCUGUUCAAUACCUUUUGCAACAGAUGAAGCUAGAAAGUGUACCAUGUUCUGAAGAUUUAUUCAUAUGUGUGAUGGAUUCUUAUAGGAGAGCAAAUUUAGUUGAUCAAGCUUUGAAUUUGUUUUAUAGGAUUAAGGAAUUUGGGUGUAAACCUACUGUUAGGAUUUAUAAUCAUCUUUUGGAUGGUUUGCUUGGUGCAAAUAGGUUUAAGAUGAUUAGUCCUCUUUAUAAUAACAUGAAAGGUGAAGGGUUGGAACCAAAUGUGUUUACUUAUAAUAUUCUUCUUAAGGCUCUUUGUAAAAAUGGAAAGGUUGAUGGUGCCUGCAAGCUGCUUGUUGAAAUGUCUAAGAAGGGUUGUCCACCGGAUGAUGUGAGUUAUACUACUAUAAUCUCUUGUAUGUGUAAAUCUGGUCAAGUUGAGAAAGCGAAAGAGCUAGCUAUGAGAUUCGAGCCUGUUGUGCCUGUUUAUAAUGCUUUGAUUCAUGGGGUGUGUAAAGAAUGUAGGUUUAAUGAGGCGUUUGAUUUGAUGAAUGAGAUGGUUGAAAAAGGGGUCGACCCAAAUGUUGUUAGUUACUCUACUGUUAUUAGUUGCCUUUGUGAUGUGGGGAACAUUGAUUUGUCCCUUGCUGUUUUUGCAAAAAUGGUUGUGAGAGGAUGUAGCCCAAAUGUUCAUACAUUUACUUCGUUGAUAAAAGGUUAUUUCUUGCAAGGGAGACUAGGCGAUGCUCGUGGCUUGUGGAAUCUCAUGAUUCAAGAGGGAGUUGAGCCGAAUGUCGUCUCGUACAACACUCUCAUACAUGGUUUGUGCUCUAAUGGGAACAUGGAUGAGGUGAUAUCUGUAUGGAAACAGAUGGAGAAAGAUUGUUUCCGUCCGAACGUGACCACAUAUAGCACUAUCAUAUACGGCUUUGCGAAAUCGGGGAAUUUGAUCGAUGCUUGUGAAACAUGGAACAAGAUGAUAAAUUGCGGCUGUCGUCCGAAUGUUGUGGUGUACACCUGCAUGGUGGAUGUCCUUUGUCAGAUGUCUAUGUUUGAUCAAGCUUAUCGUCUUAUUGAUAAUAUGAUAAGCGACAGCUGUCCUCCAACUGUUGUUACCUUCAACGCCUUCAUCAAGGGCUUAUGUCGUGGCAAUAGAGUACAAUGGGCAAUCGAUGUGUUUGAUCAGAUGGAGAAAUAUGAAUGUUUACCUAAUAUUAGAACGUAUAAUGAGUUAUUGGAUGGUCUCUUUAGAGCAAACGGGUUCAGAGAGGCUUGUGGACUUAUAAGGGAGUUGGAAGAAAGGAAUGUGGAAAUGAAUUCUGUCACUUACAACACUAUCAUGUAUGGUUUUUCUUUUAAUGGAAUGCACCAACAGGUUUUGCAGCUUUUGGGAAAAAUGUUGGUAAAUGGAGUAAAGUUAGAUACCAUUACAGUUAAUAUAACUGUUAAUGCAUAUUGUAAGUUGGGUAAGGUUAGAACUGCUAAACAGGUUUUGGAUAAAAUUACUGACAAGAAGGAAUUUUGUGCAGACAUAGUAACACAUACCAUACUUUUGUGGGGCAUCUGUAAUUGGUUAGGCACUGAAGAGGCCAUUGUGUAUCUUCAUGAAAUGUUGAAUAAAGGAAUCUUUCCCAAUAUUGCCACUUGGAAUGUGUUGGUUCGAGGCUUCUUUAAUAACUUGGGUCAUAUGGGACCGAUCCGCAUUUUGGAUGAUAUAUUGGGAACUUGAUAAUAUAGUAUGCAGUUUCCGGAAAUUGAUUGCCAGACAUCGAAAAGUGACUGUAAUGUGGAGAGAUCUCGUCCACUGAUAACAAUCUGGCGUUUAAAACCGAUUUGUCGAAUUUAUGUUCAAUCUUGCACGAAUGGUGGUGAUUCGCCCAACUGCAUGACUGCAGUGGAUAGCGACAGCAGGCAAUCCAGGUCCACAAUUUCGAGCUUCUUCUAAGGUAGACUAUUGGUCUUCAGUUAUGGCAAUUUUCAACGGUAUGUAACAUAUUACUGCAUUACAAACGGCUAUUUGAGAGCAAGGAAAGUGAGGAGAUUGAAUGCGGGGAGGCGGUGGAAUCUGUGGUUGAAUCAUUAGGGGGAGGAAUUUUUUGUAUACAGAAUUCAAGUGUGGUUCUCUCCAAAAGAGACAUGUAAUAUAGUAGUGUAAAGUUGGCAUGCAUGCAUGGCUCACGUAAAUAUAUAUUUCAACUGUACCCUUAUUUGUUAAUUUAUCACAUAUUCUUUAUGAUCUUAAGGCUGCACCAAGCUCUGUAUUCUUGACAGCUUUCCCACAAGAGAAGUCAAUACCUAAUAUGAUUAGUAUAAA